AAGCAUAUCUUUCAAGUUGAAACAAGUCCCCUCAUUUUCUCUCUCCCUCUCUCCAAGUUCGGGCCGGGCCGGGCCGGGCUUUUCAACAUUUUUUUAUCAUAGUACUAAAUGAAGUAAAAAACUCCCCUGUUUUUUUUUUUUUCCUUUUCCUCCCCUGUUUGUAUCAAAUCAAAACAAAGCAUUUAACCUUUUAUUUUCAUUAAAAAUGGAGGAACGCAAUAAUAGUAGAGGUUGGGGAAGAAACAUGAGUAGAAAUUUAAGCAGAAAUAUGAGCUCAACUUGGGGAGUUGAAGAUGUAUUCAGCAGUCAAUCAAGGAGAAGUGUAAGAGCUCAUGAAGAAGAUGAAGAAGCAUUAAGAUGGGCUGCUUUGGAAAAACUUCCAACAUAUAAUAGAUUAAGAACAAGUGUUCUUCAAUCUUAUGGUCAGAGUCAAAAUCAGAGUAAGAUUUUUCAUAAGGAAGUUGAUGUUAGGAAGCUUGAUGUCAAUGAUAGAAUUGAAUUCAUUGAUAGAUUGUUUAAAGUUGCUGAGGAAGAUAAUGAAAAGUUUUUAAGGAAACUUCGAGACAGAAUUGAUAAGGUAGGAAUUCAACUUCCAACAGUUGAAGUAAGAUUUGAACACUUAACAGUUGAAGCAGAUUGUUAUGUGGGAACAAGAGCUCUUCCAACACUACCAAAUGCAGCUCGUAAUUUUGCUGAAGGAAUUCUUGGUAUGAUUGGUAUUACACUUGCGGAGAGGAAAAAGUUGACAAUCCUCAAAGAUAUUUCCGGCGUUGUCAAACCAUCAAGGAUGUGCUUAUUAUUAGGUCCACCUUCUUCAGGAAAGACAUCUCUCUUGUUAGCCUUUGCUGGAAAGCUGGACCCUUCACUGAAGGUAAGAGGUGAAGUGAGCUACAAUGGACAUAGGUUAGAUGAAUUUGUACCACAAAAGACAUCUGCAUACAUUAGUCAAAAUGAUGUUCACAUUGGAUCCAUGACUGUCAAAGAAACCUUGGAUUUCUCUGCUCGUUGCCAAGGAGUUGGUUCUCGCUAUGAGCUCCUAGCUGAACUUGCAAGGAGAGAAAAAGAGCACGGUGUCAAACCUGACCCAGAAGUCGACCUUUUCAUGAAGGCAACUGCAAUGGAAGGAGUUGAAAGUAAUCUUAUCGUGGAUUACACCCUUAGGAUUUUGGGACUAGAUAUAUGUCGAGACACUCUUGUUGGUGAUGAAAUGCAACGUGGUAUCUCUGGUGGACAGAAGAAGCGUGUCACCACAGGUGAAAUGAUAGUGGGCCCAACAAAGACACUAUUCAUGGACGAAAUAUCAACUGGGCUGGAUAGUUCAACUACUUUCCAGAUAGUGAAGUGUUUGCAACAAAUAGCCCAUUUAAAUGAUUCAACCAUCUUAAUGUCUCUGCUUCAACCUGCUCCUGAGACCUUUGAACUCUUUGAUGAUAUCAUCUUAUUAUCUGAGGGCCAGAUUGUAUACCAAGGCCCAAGAGAACAUGUUGUUGAGUUCUUUGAAAGUUGCGGGUUUCGCUGCCCCGAACGUAAGGGUACUGCUGAUUUCCUACAAGAGGUUACUUCAAAAAAGGACCAGGAACAAUAUUGGGGUGAAACGAGCAAACCAUAUAGGUAUAUACCAGUAUCCGAGUUUGUGACCCGAUUCAAACGGUUCCACGUUGGGCUAAGGCAAGAUAACGAGCUUUCGGUCCCAUAUGAUAAGGCCCAAUCCCACAAGGCAGCUUUAAUACACAGCAGAUACUCAGUCCCAUACAAGGAACUUGUUAAGGCAUCCUUUGACAAGGAAUGGAUGCUUAUCAAAAGGAACCCUUUCGUGUACAUUUUCAAGGCUGUACAAAUCAUGAUUAUCGCGGCCAUAACCUCAACUGUGUUCAUAAGAACAAGGAUGCAUACUAGGAAUGAGGGUGAUGGUGCUCUUUACAUGGGAGCAUUGAUUUUCACUCUUAUUAUUAACAUGUUUAAUGGUUUUGCUGAAAUGGCUAUGAUCAUGCAAAGACUUCCUGUGUUUUAUAAACAUAGGGAUCUUCUUCUCCAUCCUGCUUGGACUUUCACCUUACCAACUUUCUUUCUCGGGAUCCCAAUAUCGAUUUUUGAAUCAAUUGUUUGGACUUCUAUGACGUACUACACCAUUGGAUUCGCUCCUGAAGCUAGCAGGUACUUCAAACAACUUCUGUUGGUAUUCCUUAUCCAACAAAUGGCUGCUGGAAUGUUCCGUGUUACAGCCGGAUUGUGUAGGACUAUGAUCAUUGCGAAUACCGGGGGAGCACUAAGUGUCCUUCUUAUGUUCAUGCUUGGAGGUUUCAUCCUUCCUAAAGGUCUUAUACCUAAUUGGCUUCAAUGGGGAUAUUGGGUGUCACCUUUAUCAUAUGCAUUCAACGCUCUUGCUGUGAAUGAGAUGUUUGCCCCGCGUUGGAUGAACAAACCGGCAUCAGAUGGCAUAACUCCAUUAGGUGUACAAGUGUUGAGGAACUUCAAUGUAUUCGCACAACGAAGCUGGUAUUGGAUAGGAGCAGCUAGUCUUGUUGGCUUCAUUGUUCUUUUCAAUCUCAUCUAUACUCUUGCACUUACCUACUUAAACCCCAUUGGAAAGCCACAAGCAACAAUCUCCAAAGAGGAUGAAAGUGAAAUGGAAGACGGGUAUGGAAACAAUAAGUCUAAGAGAAAGUUAACCUCCGCAGAUGGAAACAAUACAAAGGAGUUGGCACUUCAAAGAAUUAUGAGUCGGUCCAAUCCUAAUGGAUUAAGCAGAAACGACGAUGCUUCUCUCGAGGCAACAAAUGGUGUUUCCCCUAAGAGAGGCAUGGUCCUCCCUUUUACUCCACUAGCUAUGUCCUUUGAUGAUGUGAGCUACUUUGUUGAUAUGCCUCCGGAAAUGAAGGAACAAGGUGUAGCAGAAGAUAGGCUUCAACUCCUUCGAGAAGUGACCGGUGCAUUUAGACCAGGAGUUCUUACUGCUCUAAUGGGUGUUAGUGGAGCUGGGAAGACAACUUUGAUGGAUGUUUUAGCUGGAAGAAAGACAGGGGGUUAUAUUGAAGGCGAUAUCAGAAUUUCUGGUUUCCCUAAAAAACAAGAAACGUUUGCUAGAGUUUCCGGUUAUUGUGAACAAACCGAUAUCCAUUCUCCUCAAGUUACAAUCAAGGAGUCUUUGAUAUACUCAGCUUUCCUCAGGCUCCCUAAAGAAGUCUCUAAGGAAGAAAAACUCGUUUUUGUCGACGAGGUGAUGGAAUUAGUAGAACUAGACAGCCUUAAGGAUGCAAUAGUAGGAUUACCAGGAAUAACAGGAUUAUCAACGGAACAAAGGAAGCGGUUGACAAUUGCAGUAGAGCUUGUGGCUAACCCUUCAAUCAUCUUCAUGGACGAGCCAACUUCUGGUCUCGAUGCAAGGGCUGCUGCCAUUGUUAUGAGGACAGUAAGAAAUACUGUGGAUACUGGAAGAACUGUUGUUUGCACAAUUCAUCAACCUAGUAUUGAUAUCUUUGAAGCUUUUGAUGAGCUUCUUUUAAUGAAAAGAGGAGGACAAGUUAUCUACUCGGGGCCGUUAGGUCGAAACUCGCACAAAAUCGUUGAGUAUUUCGAGACAAUUCCCGGUGUCCACAAAAUCCAAGAGAAGUACAACCCUGCAACAUGGAUGCUAGAGGUGAGCUCGAUUGCAGCUGAAGUGAGACUAGACAUGGACUUUGCCGAGUAUUACAAGUCGUCUUCACUUCACCAAAGAAAUAAGGCACUAGUAAAGGAGCUAAGUAUACCACCACCAGGGGCAAAAGACUUGUAUUUUACUACACAGUUUGCUCAAUCAAUGUGGGGGCAAUUCAAAUCAUGUCUUUGGAAACAAUGGAUGACUUAUUGGAGAAGUCCUAGUUAUAAUCUUGUUAGAUACUUCUUCACUUUGGCUGCUGCUCUUAUUGUUGGAGCUAUCUUUUGGAAAGUCGGAACUAAACUGGACAAUGCGAAUAAUCUAACCAUAGUGAUCGGAGCCAUGUAUGCUGCUGUACUCUUUGUUGGAAUCUGUAACUGUGGAACAGUUCAGCCAGUGGUAGCUGUUGAAAGAACAGUGUUCUAUAGAGAAAGAGCUGCAGGAAUGUAUUCUGCACUACCAUACGCCAUUUCACAGGUUGUUGUUGAAAUACCUUACAUAUUUGUUCAAGCAGCAUAUUAUUCAGUGAUAGUGUAUGCUAUGGUGAGCUUCCAAUGGGCUGCAGGAAAGUUCUUAUGGUUCUUCUUUAUAACAUUUUUCUCCUUCCUUUACUUCACCUAUUAUGGUAUGAUGACCGUCUCCCUUACGCCGAAUCACCAAGUUGCUUCCGUUUUUGCUGCUGCGUUCUACGCUCUCUUCAACCUCUUCUCAGGGUUCUUCAUCCCUCGACCGAGAAUCCCAAAAUGGUGGGUAUGGUACUACUGGAUCUGCCCCGUCGCGUGGACAGUUUAUGGGUUGAUAGUGUCGCAAUAUGGUGAUCUAACACAAACGAUCCAAGGCACGGGGAUGAUACCCGAUCCCAUGAUUAAGGAAUACAUACAAAUUCAUUUUGGGUAUGAGCCUAAUUUUAUGGCUCCGGUAGCCGUUGUUUUAAUCGGUUUCACGGUGUUCUUCGCCUUCAUGUAUGCAUACUGCAUUAAGACACUCAACUUCCAGAUGAGGUAGAGAGAGUUUAGAGUAGUGAGUAAUUGUAUAAAACAAGAAAAAGAAAGCCAAGUUAUUGUCAUUUUGUUAGCCUUUUUAUAUACAAUCUUGAAGAGAAAGUUGUAAAUAUGAGAAUCAUGUGAGAUUAAUUUAAUUAGCUUAGUAGAUAACUAUUUUAUGUAUUUGGGAAAUAUUGAAAUAUAUAAGUAUGUAUAUGUUUCCCAAUAGUAUGAUUUGGUAAUUUGGAAUUGUAUAUUGAUUUAUAAUA